AUGUCAAACAGUGGCACAGGAAUCAUGACGCUUUCGGCUAUGGCGUGCAGUGCUGAAGAAAAAAACCCAUACACAGUAGGCGUGGGCGUGGGUACGGAUUCGAUUGUGAACUCGAGAAAUGGGAUGCUGUCGAUGCCCAUCGCCACAAGCAUGCAGUGCAUGGAAGAGAACUCGAGUAGUCUGCAUUCGACGCCAGUGGAGAUGUCGCGGUCGUCGACGCCGUUGUCCAGCUCAGGCUCGUUCCGGAGAGCCCGCAACUUCUGGUCCGUGCACGAGGACACGAUCCUGGUGUCGACCGUGAUAGACAAUACAGCAAUUCUCAAGAGCAGCGACAACAGCAGCAGGCCGCGCGGGCGGUUCUGGCUGCAUAUCAGCUUCGAGCUCAAGACCAGACACGGGCUGAACCGCAACAAGCGGCAAUGCCGGGACCGGUUCAAUCUUUUGUUCUGGAAGGCGGUCCGCGACCAUCGCAGCAGCCGUGGCGAGCUCAAACGACUCGACGCGCUGCUUGCACAGUGUCUGACGCUUCUGUAUAUCGAUAAGAACAACGUGAUCAUGCUAAAGGAAAACGCUCCGAUCGGUGACAAAAACAACAAUCCUACCACGAGCGCCACCAGCUCCCACAACAACACUUUCAAAACCAAUAAUUCUUUAAACAUAAGAGAAACAGAAGAUACCGGUCUACACAGUCCUGCACGGUCAGAACUAAGUCCUACGAUGUCCGUGUACAGCUCUGUGAGCGACGGGACGCCAGACACAGGCUACGAGUCGCUCGCGGAGCUGGCCUCCGGGCUGCAGCAGCAGGUGAGUGCAUUGACACAAAAGGUCGAAGAGCUGUGCGGCGUAAUAUCACAGGAGAGGCUGAGAGUGGAUAUGUUGUUGAAGCAUGGGAUUUACCAGCCCAUUGCAAGACCGGAGCCAUUUUUCGAAGCUGACCAUUGCUGCGACAACAAUGGCAAUUUUACGAUGGCACCGUAUCUGUUGGCGCGACGGGGCGAAUGA